CAUUGGGGGAUCAAUAAAGUCCUAACAAACAUGAGGGACAAAAAUAUUAAAUAGCCUAGUAAAAUGUAAAUGAAAUUAGGACACAGUACAUUCUGUAGCCAAGGGAACCAACAAAGAAGAAAAGGAAUAAGGAUAUUCCUAUAGGGUCAUGUGCUAUUUAAAAUGUAUUAAUUUACAAUACAACCUACCACAUAAAGUGUUUAUUUUCUUAUCGUUUGUAAAGUUAGCGCCCAUGGUUAUUUUGAAGAUCUUGUUUUGAAAAGCUUCUCCGGAUGUGUUGUACUGUUCCUUGGUCGCUUGACACCGGUGGUGCACUCGUAUUUAACCGUACAAAAAAACACCGACUUACACGGGUGGCGCCAGUGGAUGCUCUCCGGCGGCAGGUAAGUCCAACUGGCCACGACACAACUAAAUACAACAGAUGUUUCGUUUCUUUUUUUUUUACUAUACUGUGUAGGCUGAUACUUUAGAGACAAACGGAAACUAUUUUGAAGACAUGAAAGUUUAUGAACAAGUGUGAACAUAUGACACUAUUUGUAUAUGCGAUUUCCCAGUUAUUAAGUCUAGUAGGCUACCUUUCAUGAAGUGAUACUGUCUCUUUAAAUCACAAAGACAUAGUCCCACAUAAAGUUUGCCCAUACUGUUAAGUUUUUAACCAUGUGCAUUAGAAAUAAAAAAGGGUAAUUUACAUGUAAUAAGUGCAUUUACUUUAUAAUGUAACACAAAGAGGGAUUAUAUCUAGUAGUUGUUGACAAACGAGUUAAUCCACCUUUAAUUCACUGCAGUGACUGGCUCUCCAUUCAUUCAAGGCCAUAAAUACAUAAAGCCUGACAUCACCCUGUGCAUGAAUAAAUUAAAUAUUAUCUCCUGCAAAUAUUUUCUGUUACUGUCAUGUGUUUUUACAUUAUAUAACUUUAAUAGCUUUAACAAGAUGUUCUCUAGAGACUGCUCUGUGUUGAAAACCUAUUUUAGCCUCAGUGCUCACAACCACUCUUGUCUUUCACCCGUGUGCAGCAGCAGCCAGGAUGAUCCCAGUGACUGAAUUCAGAAAUCUUGCUGAGCAGAACUCCAAGUUUCGAUUGCUGAAGCCAUGGUGGGAUGUUUUCUCAGAGUACCUGUGCGUUGCUAUGAUAAUGAUUGGAGUCUUCGGGUGCACCUUGCAGCUCUCUCAAGAUAAGAUUGCUUGCCUGCCGAGCCACGUCACCAGCCCAACGCCUGAGGUUAUUGACUGCAGCUACAUCCAGACAUACAGGGAGAACAAGACGUCGCAGCACACACCGGUCGCACCUAUGAAUCCCAUCAUCCAGGAGGUGUUUGGCCGAAAGAACAACCUGGACAUCAACCAGUAUGUUUUUGUCAACCAUUACUGCUAUGAAAGGUUUGUUCACUGGUAUGCUAAGUACUUCCCAUACCUCGUUGUGAUCCACACGAUGAUCUUUGUAAUAGCAAGCAGCUUCUGGUUCAAGUUCCCUGGGACAUCUUCUAAAAUUGAUCUCUUUGUCACCAUCCUUGGGAAGUGCUUUGAUUCACCCUGGACCACAAGAGCCCUAAGUGAAGUGUCUGAGGAAAGACGAGAGGAGAAGCUGGUAAGCUGGAGGAGGACCACCAUGUCAAAAGAUCCCACAGAUCAACAAGAAGAUGAGGAGACUAUAGGGCUUCUUUGCUCUUCCCCUGUCAAGCCUGAUCCAGAGUCUCAGUCGACCCUCUCCGUCUUGGGUAAGACGGAAGGCGAGCAGGCCAAAGCUCUGUUUGAAAAGGUGAAGAAGUUCAGAACUCAUGUAGAGGAAGCAGAUAUCUUGUAUGUCAUGUAUGUGCUACAAACGUCACUGAAAGUCGUCAAAUUUCUUUUAAUUAUUAUCUACACUGCAGUGUUGGUACCGAACAUCGAGAUAGUAGUGCGCUGUUACGUUCCCCCUGAGCUGACUGGCUUUGACAUCUACUGCUGUAAUGACAACAAAGCCCAUCUUUUCUCCAAGCUUUCUUACUGCUAUAUCUGCUUUGUGGGAGUGUAUGGACUUCUGUGUAUCUACAGCCUCUACUGGCUGUUUCAUCGGCCUCUGAAGGAGUACUCCUUUGAGCAAAUCAGACUGGAGACGGGUAUCAAUGACAUACCAGAUGUGAAGAAUGAUUUUGCAUUCCUUCUGCACCUUGUGGACCAAUAUGAUGCACUUUACUCUAAAAGAUUUGCUGUCUUUCUUUCUGAAGUCAGUGAGAGCCGCCUCCGUCAGCUCAACCUCAACUAUGAGUGGACUGGCAAAAAGCUACGCAGCUGUCUUUCCAAGAACGCCAGUAACCGGCUGGAACUCCACUUGAUAACAUUGCCAGGACUUCCUGACACAGUCUUUGAGAUUCCUGAAGUGGAAUCACUCAAACUGGAACAAGUUAAAAAUGUAACCAUUCCACCUAGUGUGGCAAAGCUAGACUCACUUCAGGAAUUAGCACUGAUCUACUGUCCUGCAAAGCUCCAGCUGCCUGCCCUCAACCACCUCAAGGAACACUUAAAAGUCCUGCGCUUGUCUUUUGAAAGUUUGGAGGAGGUGCCUCUGUGGAUGCACACCCUACGUGGCCUGGAGGAGUUGCAUCUCACUGGUCCUUUAACCAGUGAGGUGUCCAGAAGUGCCACUCUGGACUCCCUUCGAGAGCUUAAAGCUCUGAGAACCCUCACUCUCCGCUCCAAACUUACAAAGAUCCCAGCAAAUGUAGGGGAUGUCGCAUUGCAACUGCAGCGCUUGUGCAUUGUUAACGAAGGCGUGAAGCUCCAAGCUUUUAGCAGCCUCAAGAAGUUAACCAACCUAGUCACACUGGAAUUAGUGGGCUGCGAGUUGGAGCGCAUCCCAAGCGCUGUCUUCAGCCUGAACAAUCUGCAGGAGCUAGAUCUUAAAGAAAACAAACUUACUACUGUGGAGGAGAUUCUAAGCUUACAGCACUGCCGCCGUUUAGUUAAACUCCAACUGUGGCAUAACAAGAUCACUUACAUUCCGGAUCAUAUCAGUAAGCUGCAUUCUCUGGAGAUACUGAACCUUAGCUGGAACAAGCUACGCAAGCUUCCUUCUCGACUGUGUUAUUGCACCAAGCUCAGGCACCUUGAUGUCUCCCACAACCAGCUCACCUCGCUCCCUCCUGAGGUGGGCAUCCUGCAGGGCUUGCAGUUCUUCUCUGCAGCCUUCAACUCUUUAGAGACGCUGCCAGAGGAGCUGUUCUCCUGUAAAAGGCUAAAGACGCUGGCUCUUGGAAACAACUGCCUGUCAUAUUUAAGCUCCAGAGUGGCCAGCCUGGCCCAGCUGGCUCAUCUGGACAUUAAAGGAAACCGCCUGGACUCGCUGCCUCUGGAACUAGGGGAAUCUCUACCACUGAUUAACAGUGGGUUGAUAGUAGAGAAGAGCCUGCUGGACCUGCUCAGAUGUACAGAGCAGGCUGGUUAAUGGCUGAGUUUGUACAGUUAAUGGACUCAUCUUUUCUCGGUGUAGCAUGGUGGUUGAUGCUAGACUGGAACGUUACAGGGAACAAACAGAACAAAGGGGAAACCACACUCAUAUCUGUAACUGAACAGAAAAGAUGAACCAGUUAAUAAAGAUUGUCUACAUUGUGGCAAUGCGUGAAAAAAACAACUUGAACAUGGUUCUGAAAAUGUUUUUUAGGCUUUUCUAAAAAUCAAUUGUCUAAAUAAAUAUUUUACCAAGUUUAUCAAUGUCCUGUAAAUACCUUGUUGCAUUUAUUAUCAAUUAUGUUUUUUAUGUAGCUGAUUUGACUGGUGCAGAUCACACAUUAAUGUAAAGGUUAACAAGAAUUAUUAUAAAUGUCAGAACACUCUUGAUUAGGAGACAAGUGCUCAACACUUGACAAUAUUAAAACUGUGAAAAAGCUAGGACCUUAAAACUGCCACAGGCAGAAUUUUCAUCCUGAGUUUUGAUUAUUGAACAUUUUGUGGAUUCUAGUGAGCAAAAGUCAAAGGAUUUGUAAGUGCUCUGUAUCAAUCGGCAUGAAAAAGAGUGUGACAGCCUGUGGCUCAUGUUACUCCGCUUCAGGCGCCAAACAAGGGGAAGGAGAAAAAGCCUCUUAGUAACAGAAUAACAGGUGUUUAUCCCUCUCUUUGCAUAUUUGGCUAAAUGGAGAAAAGACUGAAUUCAUACAGUGCAAUAUGAAUCUAAUAGAGGUCUGGUCAACAUGAUAUUUGGUGUGUGCAAAGCAAAAUACAAUAAUUAACUGUAACAUAACAAAUUUGUUUUAGCCAGGGCUUCCACAGUUCAGCCUGAAUAGUAGCAGUCAUGUCUUGACUUGCAUGGUUACAAGAUGUUAUGCUCAGUAAUACUUGAGCGUACCCACACUGCUACACGCCUCCAAGAAAACUGCUUUCUCUUAUAAUUCACAUGGAAUUUAGUGUUGAAUGCUGCCGAAAAAGAGAACACAGUGAUUGAAAUGUGAAAUUUUCCUAAGUAAAAUGAAGUAUCAGUCAAACAUACUUAUAGGGUAAAGCAGAUAAUUGUAUUUUGUACUGCUUUAUCAUUUUCCUGUUCCUCUGUGAUGGGAAAGAUGAGUGUGCCACCAGCAUUAACCAAAACAGAUCUGACUGCAUAAGUGUGGCUGGAAAUAAGUAACCUGCCAACAUCUCCAGGAGGGUUGCUCUAGUGGUGAUACCUUGAGUCAGAUUCUGUAAUGCUACCCAAAGUGUCUGACUAGGACUGGUUAUCCUAAUGCAGAAUGUCCAUUUGGAUGGGAAACACUUUGGAAAGCUUCUUCCUGUAAUGUGAGUUUCUGUUUUUCCAAACUCCAGAGUGUUGGUUUUCAGUGCCUGCGGGCUUUGAUGCUCUACUGCUUGAUGAUCUGAAUAAAACUGUGAAUCCAAGUA